ACUUUCCUUCUCAAGACAUGCCAAUGUGCUGAGUCACUAAAAAAAAAAAAAAAAAAACAGAAAGUAAAGGAAGAGUGAUCCAGCUUCUGAAGACUAGCCUUGGUAAUGACUUUUUUCCCCUGGUUGUGAUUCCUGUGAUGCUAAAGGACGUCACAUUGCACAAUCUUAAUAAGGUUUCCAAUCAGCCCCACCCGCUCUGGUCCCACCCCCAUCCUCCAACAAAGAUUUAUCAAAUGUGGGAUUUUCCCAUGAGUCUCAAUAUUAGAGUUUCAACCCCCAAUAAAUAUGAGACCGGGGAUGUCUGAGGUUCAGUCUGCCCUCGAGCCCACCAGGAACGAGAAAGAGAGCUCCAUUUGCCCUCCAGGAACCCAGCUAUGAACUCCCUCUCCACAAGUAAGUGAAGGAAAUCCCUCGCCCUGGAACUGGCUGGCAGCCGUGCUGGGCCAGGGAGGCGGUGUGUAUCCGCUGCCCCGAGGGCUGGCGGGCGGCCAGCAGCCAGAAGCACAGCUCCCCCAGCGGUGCGGUCUGCUCACUGGCUGCUCUCCCUUCCCUCCGGCACAGUCGCCUUCUCCCUGGGGCUGCUCCUGGUGACGGCUACUGCUUUCCCUACCCCGGGACCCCUGGGAGAAGAUUUCAAAGAUGAUACCACUUCAGACAGACUACUCCUCACCUCUCCAGACAAAACUGAAGCUCUCAUUAAGUACAUCCUCGGCAAAAUCUCCGCAAUGAGAAAGGAGAUGUGUGAGAAGUAUGACAAGUGUGAAAACAGCAAGGAGGCACUGGCAGAAAACAACCUGAACCUUCCAAAAAUGGCAGAAAAAGACGGAUGCUUCCAAUCUGGGUUCAAUCAGGAGACUUGCUUGAUGAGAAUCACCACCGGUCUUCUGGAGUAUCAGAUAUACCUGGACUACCUCCAGAAUGAGUAUGAGGGUGAUAAGGGAAGCAUCGAGGCUGUGCAGAUUAGCAGCAAAGCACUGGCCCAGAUCCUGAGGCAAAAGGUCAAGAAUCCAGAUGAAGUAACCACCCCUGACCCAACCACAAAUGCCAGCCUGAUGAAUAAUCUGCAGUCGCAGAACGAUGACUGGAUGAAGAACACAAAGAUUAUCCUCAUCCUGCGAAGCCUUGAGAACUUCCUGCAGUUCAGCCUGAGGGCUAUUCGGAUCAAGUAGCUGGGGCACCUAAGAUUGCUGUAGUUCAUGGGCAUUCCCUCCUCUUGUCAGAAACCUGUCCACUGGGCACAUAACUUAUGUUGUUCUCUAUGAAGAACUAAAAGUAUGAGCGUUAGGACACUAUUUUAAUUAUUUUUAAUUUAUUGAUAUUUAAAUAUGUGAUAUCGAGUUAAUUUAUGUAAGUGAUAUUUAUAUUUUUAUGAAGUGCCUCUUGAAAUAUUUUAUGUACUUGUUUUGAAAAAGUAACAUAAGAAUGGCUAUGCAGCUUGAAUACCCUUGCUGUUUCGGAGCCAGAUCAUUUCUUGGAAUGUGUAGGCUUACCUCAUAAAAAAAUGCUAACUUAUACAUAUUUUUAAAAGAAAUAUUUAUAUUGUAUUUAUAUAAUGUUUAAACUGUUUUUAUACCA